UGAUUUUUUCAGAUUCGUUUAUAUCUUUUGUCUGUUGAACAACUAUGGAUCUCGAAGCAGAAAGUGUAACCACAGUGAAGCUGUUCGACAAGUGGUCCCUCCAAGAGGAGAGUGUGAGGUGUCAGGACUUGUCUAUUCAGGACUAUGUUGGUAUUCGAAACAAGUGUCUCAGAUUCCUCCCUCAUACUUCUGGAAGAUACCAAGUGAAGAGAUUCAGGAAGGCCUCCUGUCCGAUUGUGGAGCGACUGGUUAAUUCACUCAUGAUGCACGGGCGAAACAAUGGAAAGAAACUCAUGGCCAUGCGCAUCGUACAACACAUGUUCGAGAUCCUGUACCUCUACACUGACCAGAACCCGAUAGAUGUACUAGUGGAUGCAAUCAUCAAUGCCGGACCUAGAGAGGACUCAACUAGGAUAGGGAGAGCAGGUACUGUCAGGAGACAGGCGGUGGAUGUUUCUCCCCUGAGGAAAGUGAACCAGGCCAUUUACUUCGUGUGCACUGGCGCCAGAGAAGCCGCAUUCAGGAGUGGCAAGACUAUUGCAGAGUGUCUUGCUGACGAAGUGUUGAAUGCCUCAAAGGGAUCCUCCAACUCCUACGCUAUCAAGAAGAAAGACGAAAUCGAGAGAGUCGCCAAAUCCAACCGAUAAGUGGAUGGAACUAAAUGAUGGCUGUCUCAAAGGACUUAGAGCUGACAUGACAUUUUUGAUGUUCAUUUAAUUGAAUUCAAAUGUUUGUCUCUCU